CCCUCUCCGAGCCCCCCACCCCCCCCUCUCUCUUCUUGAAACAAGGUUACCCGUCUCGCUAAAUCUGCCAAUCACAAAAGCUUUUCUUCUCUUUGAAUACCCAGAUCAGGGUUCUGAAUCAUUUUCAAAAAUUCCAUGGAAGCCACGAGAGGACGAGAAGCAACAGGGUUUCUAGACAUGGUCCUUCCUCCACGCCUGGAAGACGCGGGACUCGAGGACUGCGCUCUUCCGCUAGAUUCCAUACACGAGGCCUUCCGCAAGGCCGCCUCCGCUGUCAAAUCACGUGGCGCCACCUUCUUCCACUCUGACGAUGAACCUGGAUGCGUAGACGACCCAUUUCCCGACAGCGCCAAGUGCUCCUCCGAGUUCCUGGCUUCGCUACCUUGUCAGGACAUGUCUGACGUGCUGGUGGUUGGAGAGCCUUUGGACCCUGCCUCGGACUCGGUGGGAGGCUGCGUGAAAGUAAAGGAAGGCGGUAGGGAAGUGGUGGAAGGUAGGGAUACGGUGGUCGUGGGCGGCGAUGGUGUAGAGGCGGGGGAUGGGAGGGGUUGUAUAGAUGAUGAGCUAAAGGGUUUGGAGAUUGGAAGGAAAGAGAGAAGGAAGAAAGAAAAUCAGGAGGAGGAAGAGACGGGAAAGGAAAAACCAAUUCUGGUUGAGGGUUUUGCGUAGGAUCCUGGUUUUGAUGCUUAAUGUAGCUCCUGUUUGUACAAGUUUUUCUGUUUUUAACUUGAAUAGUUUGGAGGUGAUGGAUGUAUGUGAUUCGAUGAUGAAUCUUGCUGGUUUUAUGUAGCCAAAGUCAUGGAAAGUUUGUGAUGGUAAAGGAACUUUUUGUUUUAGUAUAUCCAUGUAGCAGCAUCAUUUUUUUGAUUCACAGGAUUUCAUUAUAUUAUGUAUA